UCGGAAUAGAAAAUAAAAUACUCUCGCCGCCAGCGGAAUCAGCUCCUUGUGUUUCAUCUUCUUCUCACAAAAUCCGAAUUCGAAAAAAAAAAGGCACAAAAAACCGGAACAACGUAACCAUAGUGACUGAGUCGGAGACAGUGACAACUGAGAACGGAAGAGAUAGAGAUAGCGAUUACCGACCAACGCUACAAAGUUUUUAGUUGUUAGAUGGUGGGAUUUAAGAACAGGUACAUCCUUAUAGAGGUGUUUCUGGAUCCAGACAAGGAUCUGCUUGGAGAAGGAACCCCUAUCAUUCUUACCAAAUUCAACCUCUCCGAAGCCAUCAAAGACAGCAUUCUCGUAAACUUCGGCGAGUGCGGUCUCGGCUCUUCUCUUGGUUCCUUGGAGGUGAAGUAUGUGAACCCAAUCACAAAGCUAUGCAUCGUAAGAUCAUCUAGAGAUGAUCACAGACAAGUUUGGUCGGCGAUGACUUUGGUCAGAAGCAUCGGAAACUGUCCAGUGAUCUUAAACUUGCUCUAUAUCAGUGGCUGCAUCAGGGCUUGUAAAGCGACAACCUUGUUAUGCGACAAGAAGAAGUUCGAGCAGCAGAGGAAGAGAUGAACAACUAUAAAAAAAUCAAACUAUUGAAACAUUGAAGACGUAGAGCAAUGUAAUCUCAAAUGAGCCAAUCAUUGUACAAGAGGAGUGCCACGUGUUCGGAUGAGCCAAUUACUGGAUUAUCCAAACUACAAGAAAACUAAACACUUUUUGCAAUCUAAACUCUCCAAUCACGACACAAAGUAGUGCCACGUGGCAAUAACCCACCUCACCUUCUUCUUCUUCUUCUUCCUCAGACCACCCAAGGACACAUC